CAUACAGCAGCAGCUCAGUGUCUGAGGACGACACAAGGAAACGUAGCGACAGUUGAGAUAAGGACUGGUGUCACGCAUUGCAAGAAUGGCUGCGAAGUUCUACGACCUCACGGCCAAACUGUUAACAGGAGGAACAUUUAACUUCUCCUCCCUGCAGGGCAAAGUCGUCCUCAUUGAGAACGUCGCGUCUCUCUGAGGUACGACCACCAGGGAUUACACCCAGAUGAAUGAGCUCCACGAGCGCUACGCCGGGAAGGGGCUCGUUAUCCUGGGAGUGCCCUGCAACCAGUUCGGCCAUCAGGAGAACUGCAAGAAUGAAGAAAUCCUCAACUCCCUGAAGUAUGUCCGUCCUGGAAAUGGCUUUGAGCCCAAGUUUCAGCUCCUGGAGAAAACUGAAGUGAACGGGAAAGAUGCCCAUCCCCUGUUUGUGUUCCUGAGGGACAAGCUCCCGUUUCCCAGCGAUGACUCAAACGCCCUGAUGACUGACCCUAAGUACAUCAUCUGGAGCCCCGUCUGCAGGAAUGACGUGUCCUGGAACUUCGAGAAGUUCCUCAUCGGGCCGGAUGGCGUGCCUUUCAAGCGCUACAGCAGGAAGUUCCUCACCAUCGACAUUGAAGGAGACAUCAAGAAGCUCCUCAGCCAGGCCAACUAAUGACCCCGUCCUCCAGCAUGUUGUUCACCCAUCCUACAGCUUCUAUUUGCACUAGCACAGUGUGUGUAACCUUCAGUUCAUCACAUUAAGGCUCACUGCUUUACCGUCCAUAGCUUCUGUAGAUGGUGUGUGAAACUUCUCCAGACCACCUGUGCUCUCUUGUAUACGAUGACUGUUGUUCUGUUCUUUUACUACAUGAAGGCGUCCUCUGAAACCAAGCUAGUUGUGAGGGGGAUAUCUGAUGACACGUAAAAGGCUGAAUGUUUUCAGCUGCAUUGUGUGCACGUAAAGCACAGAUGUGUUUUGAUGUAUUUAGAGGACCAAUAAAUCUAUUUUUUCAAACA